GUACGUUCACACCAGAGGCGGCGAGAGCGUCAAAUCGACCGGAAGUCAUUCAUUUUCAAUGACAGCCAGCGUCUCUCGGCGGCGAGAAGCGGCGCGGCGAGUCUUGGGCGGCGUGGGCGUCAGAUGGAAGUUCAAGUGCAGUCAACAUUAUGAUCAGUGUCUAGAGAUCUCAGAGUAGCAUGGGUAAACGAAGAGCGCCUGAGCUGUACAGAGCACCAUUUCCUCUGUAUACUGUUAAAAUUGACCCCAAGACCGGUCUCAUCAUCACUGCAGGAGGAGGCGGAGCGUCCAAGACCGGGAUCAAGAAUGGAGUGCAUUUCCUGAGUUUAGAGCUGGUCGGUGGAAAGCACAGCACCACCUUGCUGCACACUCAUGACACGGACACACGAGCCACCAUGAACAUGUCUCUGGGUGGUGAUGUGAUCGCUGUGGGGCAAGAUGGCAACUGCAGCUUGAUGAAGUUCAGUCAACAUGCACCCAAGCAGAUGAAGAAACCUGCAAAUAAAGAUGGUGUUGGAGAUAAGGGUGCAGUCAGGAGGAGAGGAGGGAAAGGGCAGAAUGGAGAUGGAGGAGGAGGAGAUGUGGCUGAAUUGAAGGAGUCUCCUCAUAUCUCAGUGGAGGAUGUGGGUGUGGUGCAGGCAGAUCUCAGCACUCAGGACCCGUGUGUGAAGUGUGUGUGCUUCAGCUCUGACCUCACACUUCUGCUGAGCGGAGGGGCAGACGGCUACAUCAGAGUGUGGGAGUUCCCCUCCUUGAAAGAGAAGUUGAACUUCAAAGCACACAAAGAUGAACUGGAGGAUAUAGACAUCAGUCCUGAUAAAAAGCACAUUGUAACAGUAGGCCGUGAUUUUGAGUGUAGCGUGUGGAGCGGCGAUCAGCUGGCCGUGGGUUUGUGUUGGCAUGAAAACAUGCCUCGGGUCACGGAGAAGAUGUACCGAUACAGGUCAUGCAGGUUUGCAAAGGUAGAGGACCAAAAAGACGCUAUAAGACUCUAUACAGUGCAGAUCCCCCACAAACGAGACCGCAAACCACCACAAUGUUACAUUACCAAAUGGGAUGGACGAUCGUUCCUACCGCUAAUCACUAAGCCAUGUGGAAAUGAAGUAAUAUCCUGUCUGACUGUGAGUGACUCUGGAACAUUUCUUGGCCUGGGAACUGUGACUGGAUCUGUGGCCAUUUACAUGGCGUUUUCCUUACAGAAACUGUACUAUAUCCAGGAGUCUCACGGCAUUGUUGUCACAGAUCUAACGUUCCUGCCUGAUGCUGCUAAAAGUAAAGCCAUAAAGGAGGUUAAUGAAGUUGUUAUGUUAAGUGUUGCUGUUGACAGUCGCUGUCAGAUACAUGCCGUGCCCAACCGAAGAUCAUUCCCGUUAUGGCUGGUGCUGUUCUUCUGUGGCCUGAUGGUGGCGGCAGUGAUUCUGCUGCUGCAAUCUCUAUUCCCUGGAUUCAUUUAAAGUAGAGAAGAAACAGAAGGAACCAUCACCUGAGCUUAACAUUUACAUACUAAAAUGGCUUCAAAACAAACUUGGACCUAUGACAUUUGUCUAAUCAUUUGAAAAAAAAAAUGAAGUUUUAACUUAAGUAUAAUCUCUGGCAUGUGAAUUUGAAUUCUUAUGAAUCUGAUUGGAUGAUGAGUUUGGGAAUGACCUGAAGAUGGAGCAAAAAUCAUGAAAUCCUGAAGAGCUGAUGCUUCAUGAUCAUUGGACAGCUGGAUGAAAACAUGAAUGCGAGUCGACUGCUGCACUAGCAUGUAACAAGAAAUGCCUUUUAAAUGUCAUGGUGAAAAAAAAAUAUAUUCAGGGAGGUUCAAAAGUGGGUUAUUUUAAAUAUUUAAAACAAUGUAAAAUAGAAAUAUACACCUGAAAACAUGUUGUCUCUCCAUGAUUUGUGUUAUGAUCUACCACAUCCCAGCAAUGAGUCAUUUUUAUCUGGUAUCACUCUCCACAUUAUAGUCAAUGUGAAAUGCCAUUUGCAACAUAUUUAAUUUACGUAAUCGGAUGUAAAAUUGAUGGGCAGGACUUGAUUUUACCCCUCAGGAAUUGACUGGAUUGUGAAAAGUAGACGUUGCACACUAGAACGGAGAAAAAACGGAUUUGUGAUGUCAUUCAAAAACAAACUUUA